AUGGCGUCGAAGCUCUCAUCCGUUACACGGGCCAGCCGGGUGCUGCGCCAAUUCCCUAUUUCCCAAUACAGACCCUUUUCCGCCGCUCCCCAACGGCUCAGUGACGCCCUCUCAGUGCACCGUAAUAAGCCUCACAACAACCCGUCUAUUCCGUUCAAGUUCUCCGAGCAGAACCUCACCCUCGUCGAUGAGAUUCUUAAGCGCUACCCUCCCCAGUACAAGAAGGCCGCCGUGAUGCCUCUGCUUGACCUCGGCCAGCGCCAGCACGGCUUCACCAGCAUCAGCGUCAUGAACGAGGUUGCCCGCAUGCUCGAGAUGCCCCCCAUGCGCGUUUACGAAGUCGCAACCUUCUACACGAUGUACAACCGUGAGCCUGUCGGCAAGUACUUCGUCCAGGUCUGCACUACUACCCCCUGCCAGCUCGGCGGUUGCGGCUCCGACGCUAUCGUCAAGGCCAUCAACGAGCACCUCGGUAUCACCCCCGGCCACACCACCGAGGACGGCCUUUUCACCUACAUCGAGGUCGAGUGCUUGGGUGCCUGCGUCAACGCUCCCAUGGUCCAGAUCAACGACGACUACUACGAAGAUUUGACCCCCGAGUCCAUCAAGUCCCUUCUCACUGCCUUGAAGGACUCCGCCAGCGCCACUGGCAACGCUACCAAGGUUCCUGCCCCGGCCCCAUGA